AUAAAAAUUUGUAAAAUUUAUUCAUUUUGGAUUUUGAUUUUUUCUAUAUUAUUAAUUUUAAUUAGUAUAAAUUUAUUAAUUAAGGAUAAAGUUUAUUUGUUAGAGUAUGAAUUAUUAAAUUUUAAUUCUGUUUCUUUAAUUUUUUCUUUAUUAAUUGACUGAAUAUCUUGUAUAUUUAUAGGAUAUGUAUUAUUUAUUUCUAGAAUGGUAAUUUUAUAUAGAGAAGAUUAUAUAAAAGGAGAUUUAAAUAUUUCUCGAUUUAUUAUAUUAAUUCUGUUAUUUAUUAUUUCAAUAUUAUUAUUAAUUAUUAGUCCAAAUUUAGUAUCAAUUUUAUUAGGAUGAGAUGGCUUGGGCUUAGUGUCUUAUUUAUUAGUAAUUUAUUAUCAAAAUGUUAAAUCUUAUAACGCAGGUAUGUUAACAGCUUUAUCUAAUCGUAUUGGAGAUGCAGCUUUAUUAUUAUCAAUUUCUUGAAUAAUAAAUUAUGGUAGUUGAUCUUAUAUUUAUUAUUUAAAUUUUAUAAAAAGAGAUUUUUCUAUACAAGUAUUAGUAUUAUUUAUUGUUUUAGCUGCAUUUACUAAAAGAGCUCAAAUUCCUUUUUCUUCGUGAUUGCCAGCAGCUAUAGCUGCUCCAACUCCUAUUUCUUCAUUAGUUCAUUCAUCUACUUUAGUAACCGCAGGAGUUUAUUUAUUAAUUCGAUUUCAAGAAGCUUUUAGCAGAAGAUUAAUAUUUUUAAUAAUAUUUUUAAGAAUAAUAACUAUAUUAAUAUCUGGUAUUGCAGCUAAUUUUGAGAAUGAUUUAAAAAAAAUUAUUGCUUUAUCGACAUUAAGGCAGUUAGGAUUUAUAAUAAGAAUUUUAUUUUUAGGUAGAGUAGAUUUAGCUUUUUUUCAUUUAUUAAUUCAUGCUUUAUUUAAAGCUCUAAUGUUUAUAUGUGCAGGAAUUAUUAUUCAUAAUUUUAGAGGAUGUCAGGAUAUUCGUUAUAUAGGAAGAUUAAUUAAUCAAAUACCAGUUAUUUCUAGAAUUUUUUUUUUUAGAAAUAUGGCCUUAUGUGGAAUACCAUUUUUAUCAGGAUUUUAUUCUAAGGACUUAAUUUUAGAAAGAAUAAGAAUAGGAUAUAUAAAUAUAUUUAUAUUUUUUAUUUUUUAUUUAUCUAUUGGUUUGACAGUAAUAUAUACUUUUCGAUUAAUUAAUUAUUUAGUUUUAGGUGAUUAUAAUUAUUAUAGUUUAUGUUCUAUUCAAGAAAGAAAUAAUUUGAUAAUAAAGAGAUUAUUUGGAUUAUUAAUUUUCAUUGUUAUUAGAGGGAGAAUGUUUUCUUGAAUUAUUUUUAUUUAUCCUAUAUAUUUUUUUUUACCUUUAAUAAUGAAAUUAUUAUCUUUUUUAAUAAUUUUAUUAGGAAUUUAUUUAGGUUUAAAGUUAUCAAAAAUAAGAAUUAACAUAAAAAUUAAAUCUUUAAGGUUUCUUAAUUUAGUGAAGUUUCAGUCUUUUAUAUGAAAUAUACCAAUUUUAUCAACUUAUGGGCUGAAUCAUUUAGUAUUAAAUUUAGGUCAAAAAUUAAAUUAUUUAGAUCAAGGAUGAAUGGAGUAUUAUGGAAGAAAAAAAUUAUUUUUUUUAUUAGUUAAUUCUUCUAAGGGGUUACAAAAGAUUUUUAUAGAUAAAUUUAAAAUUUUAUUAUUUUUAUUUUUAAUUAUUAUUUUUACUUUUAUUUUAAUUAUUUAA